CGGUAUAUUUCUGAGUGUCAGGCGGUAUAUUUGAUCUAGGAAUCCGCGGUCACACUGCAUCGCUCGGCCAUUUUGGUCAAAGUCAGCCAUUUGAAAAGUUUGUGCUUUGUUCUUAAAUUCUUUCAACGAGUCCCUAAUACACAAUCAAAAUGGUUAGGGAGAACAAGGCAGCAUGGAAGGCUCAGUACUUCAUCAAAGUUGUGGAACUCUUCGACGAGUUUCCAAAGUGCUUCAUUGUGGGCGCUGACAAUGUGGGCUCCAAGCAGAUGCAAAACAUCCGUACCAGCCUGCGCGGACUGGCUGUGGUGCUGAUGGGCAAGAACACCAUGAUGCGCAAGGCCAUUCGCGGUCAUUUGGAGAACAAUCCCCAGCUGGAGAAGCUGCUGCCCCACAUCAAGGGCAAUGUUGGCUUCGUCUUCACCAAGGGCGAUUUGGCCGAGGUCCGCGACAAGCUGCUCGAGUCGAAGGUGCGCGCGCCAGCCCGUCCGGGUGCCAUCGCUCCGCUGCACGUCAUCAUCCCGGCCCAGAACACUGGCUUGGGACCCGAGAAGACCAGUUUCUUCCAGGCUCUGUCCAUCCCGACCAAGAUUUCCAAGGGUACAAUUGAAAUCAUCAACGAUGUGCCCAUCCUUAAGCCAGGCGACAAAGUUGGCGCCUCCGAGGCCACUUUGCUCAACAUGUUGAACAUUUCGCCCUUCUCGUACGGUCUGAUGGUCAGCCAGGUAUACGACUCUGGCACCAUCUUCUCGCCCGAGAUUCUGGACAUCAAGCCCGAAGAUCUGCGCGCCAAGUUCCAGCAAGGAGUGGCCAACCUGGCUGCUGUCUGUUUGUCCGUGGGCUACCCGACCAUCGCCUCGGCCCCUCACAGCAUUGCCAAUGGAUUCAAGAACCUGCUGGCCAUCGCCGCUACCACAGAGGUGGAGUUCAAGGAGGCCACCACCAUCAAGGAGUACAUCAAGGACCCCAGCAAGUUUGCUGCCGUUGCCUCUGUGGCUGCUCCGGCUGCCGGCGGUGCUGCCGAGAAGAAGGAGGAGGCCAAGAAGGCCGAGUCCGAAUCCGAAGAGGAGGACGAUGACAUGGGCUUCGGUCUCUUCGACUAAGCUGGAUGGACGUCUGCUGUCGCCCACAGCCUUUUGUUGCUUUCAACUUUGUUUACUCUCUAAGAUCAUAAAAUGUGUGUCCCUAUUGCAAAUGAUCGUCGCGGUUUGACAAACCCAAUGGCGAGUUGCAUUAAACAUUCUGUAAACUGUUUUGAGAGCAAAA